ACAACUAGCGAAGAUUCGAACACUGAAAAAGAUUCUCUCGACAUCCCCUUGGAUACGAAGGCUCCCAAAAUGCUACGCAAAAAGAAAUUGAGACGUUCUUUGACCUGGAAAAAAGACUAUUCCCUGGUAGAAGCCAAUCCAGCCGUGUCCACAGAUUCUGAUUCCGAUUGCCGCUCGCUCAGCAAUAAAUCCCUCACGGGCACCCUGUCGAAAUCCAAAAAAUGCACUGCCUAUGUUAAGAAGCUGCUGUUCAAGACCAUCAACUCCUCAGUGAGUUCCGAACAACCCAGUUCUGUGGGUCAGCCGGAGCUAAGCAUCAUGGAAUUGGAUCGUUCGCUGAUGCGACAAAUCAAUUCACCCUCAAAAAUCAAGGAUGCCUAUACCCUGACCGUGAUGUCUUCACCCUCACCCCCAGCGGAAAGUGAUUGUGAUGAUGAGGAUGCGGCGGAAUUGUUGAGAACACCCAGCAAAGAUCUUUCCCGGUCUCUACCCUCACUUCUAGAGGUCGGCCUGGAGGAUAAGCAGAAGCAGCUAAGGCAAAAAUCUGUGUCCACGGAAUUCACCGACCUCGAGAAGAACAAAUUGGAAUUGGAACAGGAUCGUUUGAUGAUGGAUAGCUUUAUUGAUCAGGGUUUCGAAACGGGAUCCAAUGAAAUGGAAUCUCCCAUAAGACUAACCAAGAAAUCCAGCUCCCACACGGAAUUGGAAAAACCUCAGGUUGUGUUACGGGUCAGUGAGGAAAAUCCCCAAAACUUCUCCACACCCAAUAAGGAUAAACCCAUACAACAGAUCUUCACCUCCGCUCAGCAGGGUUUACAUACCCAAAAACACCUUAUCAGUCCCAUUCCUUCGAGUCCGGGAUCACAUCAUGCGAAGCAGCAGACCAUGCAAUCUAUACUCGAGGAUUCUGAGGAGUUGGAGUACACGAACAGCUCGGCAACCUCUUUCAACAUGAGCGGCAGCUAUUUCAACGGUGAAACACCGCAUCAUUUGACGGUGACACAUAAAAUGGAAGCAUCACAGUUUUGGAUCUCUUUCGGCGACUUUACCACGGCGAUGAAUAUCCACUUCUAUGAAUCGGAACGCCUAAUGCUUCUCAGUAACAUCUUCGGGCAAAAAUGUGCGGAAAAUCGUGAUAUGACUUUCGGCAUAGAUGAUCAGAAAUUCUCCGCCGAAUGUCCCCUAAGUCAAACGGAGAUUUUGCGUAAAAUUCCACACAUGGAAAAUUGUUCGCAGUAUUGGUUCUCCACGGGAGAUGUUCUGCUACCCUUUGCCGGAAAGCAUUUGAGUACGACGAAGAUCCAGGCCUUCUUUAAUUAUAUCCGGGAAUUCAUGGAGGACUCCCAUGGUCAGCUGAGAUUCGGUAUUGAUUCGUAUGAAUUCUCAAAUGUCAGUAUCUCACCCACCACCUCAGAUGCCACCUAUACCUGGCCCUCGGCUUCACCACCUCUCAAGACCAGCGACUUAGAUCAAUCAGAUUUUGAAUCUGUGGAAUUGGAACAAAGUCUCAGCUUCUCGGCCUUGGGUAGUAACCACUCCGACUCGGGUUCGAUUAAAUCUGAAGAAUCACCCGAUACUUUGGAACAAAUUUUCGAAGAUGCCCGAAAUUUGAAUUUGAGUAAAACUCAAACGGAUAAAUUGGCCAUGGCAUCACAGCUGACUGUCCCCGAAAUGCUCAAGACGUUGCACACCCAGCAAGAGAAACUCAAAAGCCUCGAAGAACGGAUGGUAAACUGUGCUGCACCUCUCAAUUCGAGCACAACCAGCAGCUGUAAGAACCUGGAACAAUUCCGUGAGUGCCCUGAGUACAUGAGGAAAUUAAGGAGCAUCAUUUCGGCCAUCGAUAAUAUUGGAAGGGGUAACAACGGAUUCAAUGCCUGUUCCAUCGAACAGCUCGAGAGCUUCAUGUUCUUCUUGAGUCGCUAUGCCGAUCUUUGCCUGGCCAAUUGCACCGCCCACAUUGAAAAGAUUCUCGAUGUGGUGAUGAAUCAAAAAUCAUUUCAGGCAUAG